AUGACACCGAGCACCGCCGUUGGGACGGGGAACGGUGGAGGCGCAGGAGCUGAAGGUGGGCUUAAGAAGGGGCCGUGGACGGCGUCGGAAGAUGCGAUUCUUGUGGAAUAUGUGAGGAAGAACGGGGAAGGGAAUUGGAACGCCGUUCAGAGAAAUUCUGGACUUAACCGUUGUGGUAAAAGCUGCCGCCUCCGUUGGGCUAACCAUUUACGGCCUAAUUUGAAAAAGGGCGCUUUCUCCCCUGAAGAGGAGCGGCUCAUUCUUCAACUCCAUGCCAAGUAUGGCAACAAAUGGGCCCGCAUGGCUUCUCAGCUACCGGGAAGAACAGACAAUGAGAUUAAGAAUUACUGGAACACAAGGAUAAAAAGACGGCAACGACAGGGCCUUCCGUUAUAUCCACACGACAUAAAGCCAUUGUCGGCGCAAUCACAACCGACGACACCAACAAGCCCCCUCCCGUCCCCGACGACAUCGACAUCAACGCCAACGACACCGACAGGCAUUCCGACCUCCAUGUUCCAGUUCCACAGCCUCAGUCCAAGCUCAAUGCAUUCCCUCUCCCCAACGCCACCCCCUCACUCUCCUCUAUCUUCACCACACCAACACGAACCCCACACUUUCUCAUCCUUCCCCUUCACCGCCCCAAGCUCUUUCACCUUCCACCGCCCACCACCCAUCCUCGCCGCGCCGAUUCGUUUCAAGCAUUUUCGGGCUAACACCAAUACUACCCCUGUUUUUACUCAUCAUCCCAGUCUUUUAACCCAUUCUCCGACGCCGCCGCCGCCGCAACAGCUCUCUCAUGUGGACUCUUUCCAAUUCCCCAUGACUUUGGCUACCAAUUCUCCUUCUCCGUCUCCUACGUCGCACAUUCUUCAAACCCACUCUGGAAUGGUUAUGAAUAACUGUAUGGGUUCUCUAAAACAGGACCUGUCUCCAACCCAAUUUCACCAAAUUAACGUUCCCCAUACUGGGUUGAGCUUCAACGAUGACAAGGUCGGCUCCGCCAUGAGUUUCAGCAGCGGCGUUGGCCUGCUGGAGGAUCUGUUGGAGGAAGCUCAGGUAUUGGGGUGCGAUGUGAACUCAAAUGCUAAACUAAGUUCAUCUUCUUCAUGUUUGGUUUCGCCCGGUGAACAGCGGCUGUUUGAUGACUUCCAUAAGUUGGCUCAAGACUCCAACACUUGCUUAUUUUUCAGCACAAAAGCAAAGGAGGAUGGAGGCGAGUGCGGUAGCCCAGCAGCGAGUGAGGACUGGUCGAAGCUACUGAAUGCGGCCAUCCCAUCAAACAUUCAACUUCCACAAUGGUACGACACGAACAAGGAAGAAGAACAACAAAUCUCGUAUGGACAAACCGUUUCAUCAGCUUUACCAAAUCAUCAUCAUCAUCAACAAAACCAAGAUGACAACGUAGGAGAACUGGACGUCCAACAACUGGCUGCCUUUUUCCCUGUCGCCACUGAACAAGACCAACCUCCAGUAACCAACAAUUCAUCCUGCCCUUGGGAUAAUUUGCCUGGAAUCUGCUAA